CUUUGAUCAUGAUGCUAAUUAGAAAGACCCAAAUUGCGGAAUUAAUGCGGCUUGACUUCAAGCGCGUUGUCUUAUCGUCCACACGAGCCAACAAUUUGAAAGUUUGACAAUCAUGAGGACAAAAAUGGCGGUUCCUUGCUGAAGAAGAAGUCAAGGAAGUGCCACCUAGAACAGAGACGCCGCCAUUUCGGACUAGCGACUCCCCUUUCAUAGAAGACGAACACUGCCACUAGAUUCUCCCAUUAGAGAGAGAGAGGGAGCAACAAGCCCUCGUUCUCGAUGGCUUUCUUGUUCCUUUUGAUUCUUUUGGUUGUUCAACCUGCUUCUUCUGCAAUUCAAGCUGGCUUCAUCUUCAAUGGCUUCCAAGGGGCGAACCUGACUAUAGACGGCUCGACGAGGAUCACCAGCAAUGGGCUUCUACAGCUUAGCAAUGACUCCCACAUCCAAACGGCCGGUCACGCCUUCUACCCUCUUCCCUUUCCUUUCAAGAACAACUCCCAUCCUUCCUCUAAUGGCACAGUGGUCUCCUUCAGCACGCGCUUCGUCUUCGCAAUAUCUUCCGAAAUUCCAGGCCUAGCGGGCCAUGGCCUCGCCUUCACUCUCUCCCCCAACCCCGGCGUCCCCGGAAGCCUCGGCCUCUACUUCCUCGGCCUCUUAAACGAGAGCAACCUGGGGGAUCCUUCCAAUCACAUCUUCGCCGUCGAGUUCGACACCAGCAAGGACCCGACCUUCAAGGACAUCGACGGCAACCACGUUGGUAUCGACAUCAACAACUUGAUCUCCAAUGAUUCUGCCACCGCUGCCUACUUCACGAAGGAUGACCAGAAUAAAUCCAUCGAUCUGCAAAGUGGGUCGCCGAUUCUCGCCUGGAUCGACUACGAAAGCAACCGCCGGUUGCUUAAUGUGAGCAUCGCCCCUGCAGCGGAUCCGAUCAAGCCAACAAAGCCACUUCUCUCCUUCAACGUCGAUCUUUCCCCCAUCCUCAAUGAUUUGAUGUACGUUGGCUUCUCCUGUGGUGUUGGAAAGCAGUCCAGCGAUCAAUACAUGUUGGGAUGGAGCUUCGCCAUCAAUGGAGAAGCGGAGGCCAUCGACCUCUCUCGCCUUCCCUCUCUUCCAAAACGGGCCUCGACGGGUCGACCAACGGUACCUCUCGUCAACGCAGUGGCGGGGACUAUCGGAGCUUUUAUAGCAGUGAUCGUGCUCUUCAUUUCCGGCUACGUGUUCUAUAGGAGGAGGAAGCUCUCGGAUGUGAUGGAAGAUUGGGAGAAAGAGUACCCACAUAGGUUCUCUUACAGGACGCUCUACAGAGCGACCAAAGGUUUCAGCAGGAAGGAGCUGUUGGGCUCCGGAGGCUUCGGCACCGUCUUCAAAGGCAUCCUCCCGGGAGCUUCCACGCCAGUUGCGGUGAAGAGAGUCACGCACAAUGGAAAACAAGGGCUGAGGGAGUUCGUAGCAGAGAUCUCGAGCUUGGGGAGGUUGAGACACAGGAACCUGGUUCAAUUGCAGGGAUGGUGCAGAAGGCAAGAGGAACUGCUGCUCGUAUAUGAUUUCAUGCCCAAUGGGAGUCUGGACAACAUCCUCUUCGAUGACCAGAAAGCGAGACACCUGUUGUGGGAGCAAAGGUUCAACAUCCUAAAGGGGAUUGCGAGCGUGCUGCUGUAUCUGCACGAAGGGUGGGAGCAGGUGGUAGUGCACAGGGACGUGAAGGCCAGCAACGUCCUGUUGGACGCCGAGAUGAACGGGAGGUUGGGCGAUUUUGGGCUGGCCAGACUCCAUGAGCACAACAAGAACCCGCAGACGACGCGCUUGGUUGGGACCUUCGGCUAUAUGGCGCCGGAGCUUUCUCGCACAAACAAGGCCACGAGAAAGGUGGAUGUCUUCGCCUUCGGGGCCUUGCUCCUCGAGGUAGCCUGUGGGAAGAGGCCCAUUCAUCUGUGUACUUGGUCCAGGGAAGAAGAAGAAGAAGAAGCAGCAGCGGUAGUAGUUGCAGAAGACGCGGCGCCAGCCAGGCAGGGGACUGAGGAGGAUAUCGUGUUGGCUGAAUGGGUGCUCAAGUGGUGGAAGAGGGGGCAGAUCACGAGGGCAGUGGACCAUAGGCUGGAAGGGAGGUACGAGCCGGACGAGGCUGAGCUGGUGCUGAAGCUUGGGUUGCUGUGCUCGCAGGCGACGCCGGAGGCGAGGCCGACGAUGCGUCGGGUGGUUCAGUGCCUAGAGGCCGAGGCCUCCGUCCACCAAGGGCUUGUCUUGGACGGCUUGAUGCUGCAGGAAGACUAUGGUUUCGACCAACUUGUCCUUUCCACCUGUGCUUCCAUGUCCUUUCGUUCAAGUUCCACUUCUUCUUACUGAUUUUAGCGGAACGGUAAGAGCGCCUUCCCUCUCCGUCAGACUUGGGCAUGCUUCAGGUUGCAGUAUCAGAUUACCAGCAUGGUUCAC